AUGACCCCUGAGCCGGCUCCAAACCAGAUGAGGCAGAAGGUGCUGGAGCCCAAGCUCAAGUGGAGGCGGCAGGAAGGGAACACCAAGAGUUUUGAAGCCCUGGCACCCAUGAGCCCCUCCUCCUUCUCAGGGCACCUGGGGAGCAUGCCCCUCUGCCUGCUCCGAGGGGGAAGCCCCCAGAAGGAAGGACCACCUGCAGCGGCCGUGGGCCGCUUCUUGUGCACACUGGACCCGGGAACCCGCCUGCGCCUCCCUGAGCACGUGGCUGUCCCACCCACUGUCCCCGUCACCUACCACGCCCACCUCCAGGGACACCCAGACCUGCCUCGGUGGCUCCGCUACACCCAGCGCAGCCCCCGCCACCCUGGCUUCCUCUACGGGAGCCCCACCCCAGAAGACCGUGGACGCCAGGUCAUUGAGGUCGUAGCCUACAACCGGGACAGCUUCGACACCACCCAGCAGAGGCUAGUGCUCUCGAUUGGGGACCCAGAAGGCCCCCUGCUGCCAUACCAGGCUGAGUUCCUGGUGCGCAGCCAUGACGUGGAGGAAGUGCUGCCCUCAACCCCUGCCAGCCGCUUCCUCACAGCCUUGGGGGGCCUCUGGGAGCCAGCAGAGCUCCAGCUGCUCAACAUCACCUCCGCCUUAGACCGUGGGGGCCGUGUCCCCCUUCCCAUCGAGGGCCGCAAGGAAGGUUCAGUGCUUGUCCUGCGGGGUCACCAGAGCUGCCCCUUCCUGUGGUCGGAUGGGGCAGUAGAUAGUGGCGCCCCGGGAUCACUGCCCUGCUCCCCCGGGCAGUCUCUGAGUCCAUCCAGCUGCUCCUGGGUCAGUGCUGGGCUCUCUGAACAGGUGGAUAAGUCAGUGCCGGAGCCCGCAGACGAGGUGCCCACCCCAGGCGAUGGGAUCCUGGAACGUGACCCCUUCUUCUGCCCACCCACCGAGGCCGUGGCCCGAGACUUCCUGACCGACGCACUGGUCACCCUCCUGGUGCCCCUGCUGGUGGCCCUGCUGCUCACCCUGCUGCUGGCCUACGUCAUGUGCUGCCGGAGGGAGGGACGGCUGAAGAGAGACCUGGCCACCUCUGAGUGAGUAAGGGGAAGCGGGGGGCU